CCGUGAUGUCAUCGUCUCACCAUUAAUAUGUCUUUGUAUCAGAGUAAUUUUUUUUAUCCAACAAAGUAAAAUUCUAAUAGAAUCUGUAUUUUUAAAUUGCACACUACUAUAAUAAUUGAUAGUCAAUAUCAUAUAUUAUUUAGGAAAAUAAAUAAUCUUAAUACAGGUAUAAUCCUGACCAUAUGAUAAUAAUAGGUGGUUCGAGGACAUUAAGUGACAACUGUGGACAUUACCAUGUCAGGUGUCGAACAGAAUAUAACGAACUCAAUGCAACAAUUAUCUAUGCAACCUAGUAACAGUGGACCUACAGAAAAACCCACUCAAGUAGUGACACCAGCUAUUAAACCAUCAGCAGUUAUAAAAUCAACUCCUGUGAAAUCUAACACAGUGUCUCCUGCUAUUGCUACAAUAGAUCGUUUAUUGAGCCUAGGUGCAAAUAUACCACCACCUCCACCACCUCCAGUAAUUACAAGAUCUUCAGACAUGGAUCCUCACACAGUUGAACAACUAAGAGCAGUGAAGGAACUAUUAACAGCUCAAGAGGAGGAAGCUCAAAACUUAAGAGAUCUGAAUCGUGAAUUAAGAGAACGUUUAGAGGAAUGUGAGACUAAAAUAAAAAAGCUGACUGACCAAAAUGAUGAAUAUGCAGAAAAAGAAAAGGUACUUUCACAGAGAGUUGCUGAAAAGGUAAGAAAUAACAAACAGAUGAGUGUGGUUAUGGAAGAAUACGAACGGACUAUAUCAUCUUUAAUUGGUGAACGAGAGACAGAAGCAAAGAGAUGGACAGAAGAAAGAACAACUUUGAUAAGAGAGAGAGAUGAAGCUGCUGCUCAUUUAGCUUCAAUGGAACAUGCUUUCAAUGAUGUCCAUACUAAAUAUGAGAGGUGCAAAGUUAUUAUACAAGGAUAUAAAAGCAAUGAAGAAACUUUGAAGAGAACAGUAGAGGAAAACAAUGAUGCAAUUCAAAAACUUGAAGCUCGUUAUGAGACACUAAGACAACAUGCAAUGCAACAGCUUAACAAAGCCAAUGCUGAACUCGAUUCUGUUAAGAAAGUCCAUCAAGCUGAAAUUCUCAAGUUAAAUGCAAUGCUAAAAAAGAGUGAAGUGCAUGCAUCCUCAUUGCAAGAAUCAUUAGCACAGAAAAUAAAAGAUAAUGAAGAACUUACAGCUAUAUGUGAUGAACUAAUCAACAAGGUUGGUUAAAAGUUCUUCACUCAUUUCUCUUUUAUAUUUUUAUUAAAAUAAAUGAUUAUUUAGCAUUGUUUAAAAUAAUGUAAUAUAUGUUAACAUAAUAACAUUGUAAUUAUUGAUAAAUAACAAGCAGUUAAUCUGUUACCAUUGCAAAUUGUAUUUUAAUUAUUUUGUAAAACCAUUUGUGCAAUCAACCAUGUCAUCAUUUUUGUUUAUGUAUAUGAUUUAGAAUAAGAUUUUAUCACACUGUGACAUUGUUGUUUAUGAGGCCUAUUAGGUUUGAAUUCCAAAUGAAACUGUAUAUUAUUAUUAAUUAUUUGAGUUGAUGUCAAUUUAAGAUGAAAAUAGAAAAUGAAAACAUUGCUAUGUUAAAAUCUAUACCUAUACAUGUUUACAGACCUGUUUGAUAUCCAGAAUAAAUUGAAUAUUUUAUAAAAAAUGUAUUCAAAAUCAAAUUCACUGGUUUUAUAUGGAUAUUCAUUAUUUCCUAUUGUAUGUACACUAGCUGCCAUAUUUAAUUUGAAUCCUUUUGUAUAAAUAAAUCAUAAGUAUUAUUCUAUUUAAUUGUUAUGAUGUGCUUAAUGUAGAUUUAUUCAUUAAUAUAAUGUCCCUUAGUGCUAGAAUAACAAUAUUUAUAAAUUAUGUAGUAUCAUAUCAAAAAUUACUUCUCUAUGCUUUUUCUAGUCCUUACACAAUUUUAUUUUGUGACAUAAUAUAAAAAUGUGAAAGAUUUAGUGGACUAAUCCUAACCUGUAAAGAAUGUGAAAAACUCUCAAGCUUUAUAGAUAUUAAAGCCAGUUAUAGAUUAAAAAAUAGCAUGUCUUAAAAUAAAUGCUUUUCUCCUUUCAAUUCAACUGAUUAUGCUUUUCUUUAGAUUAGCAGAAAUGAGAUAAUAUACCAAAAAUUUAAAUGGUACCCUAAAUAGGUAAUUUUUAUAUAAAAUAAUAAUUGGUAUAGAGUUUAAUUUAAUAACGUGUGCCUUUCAGAUUCAUAUUUCCAUUAUUCAACCAGUCUUAUAACUAACAAUCAAUGUUAAUGUUAAUCCUUAUUAAAUAUUAUGAUGUUUGUACUUGCCUACUUUUAGAGGAAAACAUCUUAUAAAGUAGGAAGCAAAAGUGGAAUAAAAUUAAUACAACUAAUUAAUUUUACUAAAACUUAAAAAUAUCGAAAAUUCAACAUUCCACAAUGUUAUUUUUAUAUGCAUUUUGUUUAAAAACCGGUUUGCAAUAAUGAAAUGUGCAAAAAGUAAAGUCCAACUUAUUAUUUUGCUUUAUACGUUGAGAUUGGAAUGCUAUGAUUAUCUUUUAUACUAUUAUAUUUUUGUUAGUUUAAGUAUAAUUUGUAAUUUUAUUACAUUUUUUUUAUAAAAUUGUAUAAUUUUCACAUAAAUUUUUCUCAAUUUAUUCAUGUGUAUAA